UGAGAUCGACAUUGAUGGUAAUGUCAACUACUUUCUCUCUCUAAACAUAAACAUACUUUCUUACUUCUCUAUCUAACUUAAGCAUUGGAGAGUGUCCUGCGCACCCGCCCCCAGACCCUUUUUUUGCAGUGGUCAGGAGUGCACCCAACAUCAAGAACAGAUGCCUCACUCCCUCCUCAUCAAACCACCUAGAACAUUCUAGGCUCAAAAAAUUUGGAACCCACUGUAGGGCCGAGUGAAGCACUGAAGAAAUGAAGGAUGGGAGCUCCGGGGCCCCAGUGAAGGGUGUGGUAGAAAGAAGCAACAUUCGCGGUUUGGAAAUGCCCACUGUGGAGGAAGAGAUCGAGAUGGAAGACCGCGUCAAGAGCCAGGGGCAGCAAAUAUCCAUCAUGUAAGAGAGCCUUGGUAAGAUUUUGGCAAUGCUCAUAGAAAAGGGCACGCCCGAAAAGGAAAAGGACUUGCCGGAAAGCUCGAUAAGGCAGAAGACGAAGGGUAAGGAAAGGGAAGAGGAUCCUGACAACCCUUCUCAAACAGAAGGCGAGGAGUCCGAAAAAGAGGAAAGAGUGGAAGAUCUAAGUUUGAGUUUUCUAGAGGAGCACCUCAGGCUGUCGUAUGAAAAAAUAAAGGCACACAACAGCAUACUCCAAAACCCCUUAGCCAAAAGCUUAUUAAGGACACAGGUCCCGCCUAACUUAUCGCCGCUGGGGCUGCCGACUUACGAUGGGACUUCAGAUCCUACGGACCAUCUAAGCACCUUCAUGCUCAAAAUGCAAUUGAUCAACGCCGCUGACGUAUAUCUAUGCAAGGCAUUCCCAGUCACGUUUGGCGGUCAGUGUCGAACCUUGUACACCUCCCUACCAGAAGGGAUAAUUGAGAAGUUCGAACAGUUUGCCACGUUGUUUUCAUCAAACUUUGCGUCCCAAAGAAUAAGGAAGCUCGCCAUAUCAGCGCUUAUCAACUGCAAGUAGGGAGGGAUUGAGACGUCGCCGAGCUUUUACGAUAGGUGGAACACUAGAUCCUGCAAAGUGCAAGGAAUCUCUCCAACCAUAACGGAGGGUAACCUAGGAAUGUCGAAGCAUAGUUGUGAGCUAAAGAGAGCGCUUAUAAAAAAGGAGCACUUGUUGAAGUCUUGGCCUGAUCUUGAUCACCUGCUAGAAGAAGUACUAAUAGCGGAAGACGGAGUCAUGCGCAUCAACCCAGAGUUGAGAAAGGCGAGAAGAAAGGAGGAGGAUCAUCAAAGAGAAGAGGGCGCUCUCCAGAAAGGAGAAAUUAUAAGGCGCAAUACUCCAACCACGAUAACAGGCGCGAAGUGUUUACUACGGAAAAAGAAGAAAGGCGAGGGCAAUGAUGUAAUACGAAGGAGGCGCACCAGACACAUAGGGAAGAAGACAACCAGAAGUGGUGUGACUGGAACCAGAUGCCCACUCACGACACCGCAGAGUGUCUCGAGUUCAAAGAUAGCCUCAAAUACCUAGGUCUUGGGGACCUGAAGAACCACUUAGAUACCCGACCCAACUGCCAUGAAAGAAGGCAGGAAAAGGAGAGUUUGCCGAGUCCCAUAAGAAGAUCUCACACACCAAGGCAAAAACGGUCGAGGUCACCGAGGAGGGAGCGGUCUCCACGUCGUGAACGCUUGCUGCCUCCGCCGAGAAGGUCUCCUCCCCGUCUACAUGAAGAUGAUGUGGAGGUCAUAACAAUAGCAGGAGGGUGCAAAUGCCCCAAAACGGAAGGGGACUGUCUAGUCUAGUGCUUGAAUGUUCACGGGAGCGAACACGUGGAGAUUAGCUUUGUGCCCUCAGAACUAGCAGCCGAAGAGUGUGGAGAAGGCCCACUGGUGAUCUCUUUUCGAACAAGAAAGUUCAAAGUCACAAGGUCAUUGGUAGAUAACGGAAGCUCAGUAGAUAUCUUAUUUUAUUCCACACUCGUUGGAUUCUCGGGCUCGAAAAUCCAAGUGUUGGGCCUGAUAACUUUGUAGGUGACGAUAGGAGAAGCGGGAGUAACAAAAAUAUGCCUCAUGGACUUCCAAGUGGCCGAUUUCCCAUCGGCCUACAAUGCGAUCCUAGGGCGUGGAUUCCUGUCAACAUUCUCAGCGGUCCCGUCCACAUGUCAUCAGAUGCUCAAAUUUCCCGCAUGAGGAAAUGUUGGACGCGUUCGGGGAAACACCCAACAGGAGAAGAGAUGCUACCAAGCAACGAUUGAGAGCUUGGAGGUCGACCAAGUUCAUACAUGAGGAAGCCACCCCCUCCCAGAAUCGGCUGAAGAGGACGCAAUGGUGGCCCUCAGCGAAGAAAAACCCGAAAGGAAAGUCAGAAUCUCAUCUCAUCUCUCAGAAGAGAAGGCGCGGGAGCUGUUGGCGCUUCUCAAGGAUUACAAAGAUUUGUUUGCAUGGUCCUCGGAGGACAUGUCGGCCGUCUCUAGGGAGCUCGCUCAGCAUCACUUGUCGAUAAAAAGUAAGUCCAAGCCCAUACAACAAAGAAGGAGAAAUACCUCCUUGGAGAAGCAAAUGGCAUUGGAAGAGGAAGGGAGGCGGUUGAUGUAGGCGGGGUUCAUAAGGGAGGUCAAGUAUCCAACGUGCUAGCAAACCCGGUGUUUGUCCGCAAAGCAUCAAGAUUGUGGCGAAUGUGCAUAGACUGUACAAACCUUAAUGCGGCCUGCCCCAAGGACGCAUACCCUCUCCCACGGAUAGACCAGCUUAUCGACGCAACCACCAACCAUGAAAGUCUAAGCUUCCUGGAUAUGUUCUCCGGAUACCACCAAAUUUGAUUAUCCGAAGAAGAUCAAGAGAAAACUGCUUUCAUGACCCACAUGAGAAACUUCUGCUACACAGUCAUGCUCUUUGCACUGAAGAACGCGGGAUCCACAUAUCAAAGAAUGAUAGACCCAGUCUUAAAGAAGAAGUUGGGAAGAAAUGUGGAAAUAUACA